AUGGCCACCAAACCAGAUUCGGUCCAGGGAUUGCACUGUCCAAUGUGUCUCGAUGUCAUCAGGGACGCGACCAUCCUCUGCUGUGGACAUUCCUUUUGCAGGGAUUGCCUGGAAGCAUAUGACAAACAGCACAAGGACCUGAAGCACAUUGUCUGUCCAGUCUGCAGGAAGUCCACCAAGCUUGACAAGGACCGCAUCGCGGGAUUAACACCCAAUUUCCUAGCCAAGGGACUUGAGGAUAUCCUGAAGGUCAGAGACAGCAAAGAAAAUAUUGAAGACGCGUAUUCGAAAUUCUGUCCAGUGCACAGUGACAUCUACCAAGAUAUAUACUGUCAGGCUUGUACUAAGUUCAUCUGUCUCUCGUGUUUUAUUGACUCUCAUCAAGGUCAUAAGAUUAAGAAAAAGGAGGAGCUUGAGCGGGAGCUAAAGAUCAGGAAAGAAGCUGUUCUGCAGAGAAGCGAAAUAAGAAAGACCCAGCUUGAGAAACACUUGAGUGAAGCUGACCAACAAAGAGAGCAACUGAAAUCCCACCUGGGUAGUUUGGAGAUGAAAGUCAUGGAUGCCUAUGCCAUCAAAGUUGAUAUUCUUCAGCAAAAUAAAGAAGAGUUGCUAGAAAAGAUAAAGGGUCUCAAAGUAUCUUCUGACAGGGUGUUCGGGCAUUGCACUUCGCAGUUGAUGGAAGUGAUGGACAGGAUAGAUCAGUCUAGCAAACUUUUGAUAAGUCAUUCAAAGAAGCAUCUUGAUCCAAAUGUGAUUAAAGGGGACAAUCUUAAAUGUGACAAUCUAGAAAAAGCAUUGGCAGAAACGACGGAUGAGGAAACUUUAGUUUGUGCAGCACAAUUAUUGGAAGAUGUAGAGGCCCUACAAUUCAGUCCUGCUGAUGAUAAGCUUCUUGACCUAGGCUGUAUGGAUUCUGGUCAGAAGAACAAUCUGAAUGGCAGUCGAAUGCCGACGUCAUCAACUGUUAUUUUUACUCUCUCAUUUUUAUCCUUGGAAAUAUUGAAUUUCUGA